AGGGUCCAACUAGUUGAGGUCCAACCAAAAAGCGGUCCAGUUGAAAAGUGUCCAACUAGCGAAUCACGACUGUGUAUUGCAAAGAAAAAUUAAAUUCUAAAGAUUUAACGAAUAAAUUGAUGUAAAUCCCGGUAACUCGGAGAUCGGCCCAAAAAUACGGAGUGACGGUGGCAACUCUAAUUACUAAACGAGCAAAAGAAUCGAAUACUGGCUUCAAGCUAAUUGUAUCGAUUAGGUAUCUAUACCAAUACGCAUGCAAGGGCUUAUUUAAAAUAACUAAUUCCUCUACCUUCGAUACGUAUUUCAAAAUCUGUUGAAACAAAACCCGCGAGUUAGCAAAUGUGAUGCAAUUGGUUGAUUAAUUCUGGAGGAACAACAUACCCGGCAAACGCUGCUGACUGUUAGUCACGCUUCUACACCCCUUUAGUAAAGCUAGAGAUAGAAUACAUACAAAGGUAAAAACAGUAGAGUAAACAUUUCAUAUGUACGAUUUACACGAUCCGUCGAUAUUCCGUCACCGGAACGGUACGGUACAUUAAUGGAAUUAAUCCGCAAAUUUGAAACGACUAGCUGGUAUCCUGGGAACUUACUUUAACAUAAGCUAUAAAUGGCUUUUAAGGUACAAAAUAUCCAAAACUCGCGAGGCGAAGGUGUACCGGAUAUAAAGCCUAUUGACUGCGUUAAACUCAUCCCAGCGGAUCGGCAACGUUAACGAAUGCCACCGUAUCGUGUGAACCACACUAAUAUUCAAUCAGCACCAACACGCAUUUACAACUGGUUGAAUGGGAGGAAACUUAUUUCCUAUAUUAACCCUCCUUUUUCCACCAUUCAGCUCAGUAGUCAGUACAGCAACCAACCGAGAUGGGUAAGGAGAAAAUUCACGUCAACAUCGUCGUCAUUGGACAUGUCGAUUCGGGCAAAUCGACCACCACCGGGCACCUGAUCUACAAGUGCGGUGGCAUCGACAGUCGUACGAUUGAGAAAUUCGAAAAGGAAGCCCAGGAAAUGGGCAAAGGUUCCUUCAAGUAUGCCUGGGUGCUGGAUAAGCUGAAAGCCGAACGUGAGCGUGGUAUAACCAUCGACAUUGCCCUGUGGAAGUUUGAAACGAGCAAGUACUAUGUGACCAUAAUUGACGCACCGGGACAUCGUGAUUUCAUCAAGAACAUGAUCACCGGAACGUCGCAAGCGGAUUGUGCCGUGCUGAUUGUUGCUGCCGGUACGGGUGAGUUCGAAGCCGGUAUUUCGCAGAACGGACAGACUCGAGAACAUGCCCUGCUGGCUUUCACCCUCGGAGUCCGACAGCUGAUCGUUGGUGUCAAUAAGAUGGAUUCUACAGAACCCCCGUACAGUGAGACACGUUUCGAAGAAAUCAAGAAGGAAGUUUCGUCGUACAUUAAAAAGAUCGGUUACAACCCGGUCGCCGUACCGUUUGUUCCGAUUUCGGGAUGGCACGGAGAUAAUAUGAUGGAACCAUCCACAAAGAUGCCAUGGUUCAAGGGAUGGAACGUCGAGCGUAAGGAAGGGAAGGCUGACGGCAAAUGUUUGAUUGAUGCUUUGGAUGCCAUUCUGCCACCGUCUCGGCCAACUGAGAAACCUCUGCGUUUGCCACUGCAGGAUGUGUACAAAAUCGGUGGAAUUGGAACGGUCCCGGUAGGUCGUAUUGAAACCGGUAUCCUGAAGCCAGGUACUCUGGUAGUGUUUGCCCCAGUUAAUUUGACCACUGAAGUUAAGUCCGUCGAAAUGCAUCACGUGUCUCUACCGGAAGCCGGCCCCGGAGAUAACGUUGGUUUCAACGUUAAGAACGUCCCGGUUAAGGAUCUGCGUCGUGGUUAUGUCGCUGGUGAUGCUAAAAAUGUUCCACCGAGGGGAGCCAUUGAUUUCACCGCUCAGGUCAUCGUCCUGAACCAUCCGGGUCAAAUUACUAACGGUUACACGCCGGUGCUGGAUUGUCACACUGCUCACAUCGCUUGUAAAUUUUCCGAAAUCAAGGAAAAGGUUGAUCGUCGUUCCGGUAAAUCGAUUGAGGAAAAUCCUAAAUCCAUCAAAUCGGGUGAUUCUGCCAUCGUCAAUCUGGUCCCGAGCAAGCCGCUGUGCGUUGAAUCCUACCAGGAGUUUCCACCGUUGGGACGGUUCGCUGUGCGUGAUAUGAGACAGACGGUUGCCGUUGGUGUUAUCAAGUCGGUUAACUUCAAGGACGCCGCCGGUGGUAAGGUUACCAAGUCGGCCGAAAAGGCGCAGAAAUCGAAGAAAUAGCCAUCACUGGUUGAGGUAGUGGGUCAGUUUGCCGCAGUCGUCAGUAGCAUUCAAAUACGCAGCAAGUGCAUCAUCACCGGCAGCAGAAAACAUUCGGAAUCAACAUCGAAACGGCUGAUAAAAGCUUAUCACUGCUUGCAUCGCAAAGCAUUCAGGCGAAAAGUUAGCGGACAGUUUGGUUCGGUUCGUUUUUUUGCUAUCUUAGAAGAACAGCUUUGUUUAUUAAUAAACUUUUAUCUAUAUAGAUUGGAACCGAAUGUAUAGUAUAUUAAAGGGUGAUAGUAGAGAUUGUUUAUAGCGGAAAAGGUCAUGUGAAGUUUUGAAUUAACGUUCAACUACUAUAGUUUUUUGUAAAUGUUUGGAAAAUAUGUUGUACUUCGAGUUUUUUUUUGUAAUUUUAGGCUUUUUAGUCUUCAAAUAAAAUAUUUAUAAUUGAACCGGGUAUUGUCACUCGAAA